GUCACGUGAACAGAGAAAGGCGAUUUAGUCAGAUGACCUGUCCCAGGAAGAGGCCAAGAUGGAAAGCCGGUGAAAGGGAAAAGGAGAAGAGAUCAGUGGUGGGGCUGCAACAAUGUCCACCAGGAGGUUGCGCAGCGAAGACUACAAUGACUACAGCUCAACAGAAGUGACGCCUGAUGGCAGCCCCCCAGAAGGCCUAAGCAACUUCUCCAGACCAUCCUCCUACCAGCGGUUUGGAGAAGCAAAUGGGACGACAUGGCUUCAAACCUUAAUACACCUAUUGAAAGGGAAUAUUGGCACAGGCAUGUUGGGGCUCCCGUUGGCCAUCAGAAAUGCUGGCGUUGUGAUGGGCCCUAUCAGCUUGCUUGUGAUCGGAAUAAUCGCAGUGCACUGUAUGCACAUCCUGGUGAAGUGUGCCCACCACUUCUGCAACAAACAUCAGAAACCAUUUGUGGAUUACGGGGAUGUUGUGAAGCAUGGGCUGGAAGCCAGCCCCAGUGCGUGGCUUAGGAAUCACUCCAUCUGGGGAAGGUACCUAGUAGUUUUUUUCUUGAUCCUCACUCAGCUGGGAUUCUGCUGUGUGUAUUUUGUAUUCCUGGCUGACAAUCUAAAACAGGUGAUCUCUUCUGCCAAUGGUACAACCAACGACUGCAGUGCCAAUGAAACAGCGAUUAUGGCUCCAACCAUGAGCUCCCAGUUAUACAUCCUGUCCUUGUUGCCGUUUGUGAUAUUGCUCGUCUUCAUCCGGAAUCUCAAGAUACUUUCCAUCUUCUCCAUGCUAGCCAAUCUUCUCAUGAUUAGCAGCCUGAUAAUGGUCUACCAGUACAUUGUCAGGGACAUUCCAGAUCCUUCCCAUCUGCCUAUGGUGGCUCCAUGGAAGACCUUUCCUCUGUUUUUCGGCACAGCCAUCUUUGCUUUUGAAGGCAUUGGAGUGGUGCUCCCUCUAGAAAACAAGAUGAAGUCCCCUCAGCAUUUCCCCAUCAUCCUCUAUGUGGGAAUGGGAAUUGUCAGUAUUCUCUACCUCACCUUGGGAACACUGGGAUACUUACGCUUUGGAACCAACAUCCAGGCCAGCAUAACCCUAAAUCUGCCUAACUGUUGGUUGUACCAGUCUGUCAAGCUGCUCUACUCCAUUGGGAUCUUCUUCACUUAUGCACUGCAGUUCUACGUCCCUGCAGAAAUCAUAGUUCCGGUGGCCGUCUCUCGGGUCUCCGAACGCUGGGCGUUAUGGGUAAAUCUGCUGCUGAGGGCAUUCCUGGUUUGCAUAACAUGUACGCUGGCAAUCCUGAUUCCGCGACUGGACAUUGUGAUCUCUCUGGUGGGUUCGAUUAGCAGCAGCGCCCUGGCCCUGAUCCUCCCACCCCUCCUGGAGAUUGCCACCUACUACUCCGAGGGCAUGCACCCGCUCGCCAUCGCCAAAGAUCUCCUUAUCAGCUUCAUAGGUUGUGCUGGAUUUGUGGUGGGGACCUACGAGUCUCUCUGGCAACUCAUUGUCCCAGUUGUUUCCAAUGCCACCAGUGCCUCACAGUGACAUUUUAACCUGUCACGUCUUCAUGGUGAUGGAAUCUUUAGGCAGCUUGUUUGAAUCUUGAUUUUUUUCUGGGAGCAACUGCAGUGCCUCGUUGCUCCUUCUUGCUUCCCAGACGUAUUUAUUUUGCAGAUACAAGGGCGAGGCUGAAAUGGGAAAAGACAGGGGCUGGAUCUUUAUCUGUACUCCUUUGGGUUCACGUUUGGUGUUGAUUUAAGCACAUGCGACAUCCUUCUGGAUCCAGAGCAAUGAAUGUGUGGGGAAUUAAGUAUCCCUGUACUCCUCAAAAGCUGUUCUGAUGAAGCCCUUUGAGUGUCAGCUUCCCAGCCCUUACACGACGAGCGCAGCCGCCACCAUCUUGAGAUCUGAAGCACUUCUGUCUGACGGCUUGCAUCAAGCUUGAACGGUAGAUCUGAGUUCUGUAAAUUCCUCCAUGUGAAAUAUUUAUUAGUGAAAGCGGCGUAUGCCUUGGGAAUGGCAGCAAGCGCAGAAUGGGGGAGAGGCAAAUGGAAGCCUGCUAUCAUUUUUAUUAUUAUUAUUAUUUAAAAAAACCAAUAGAUGCCAUUCUUUAGUCCUACCAGUCCUUCUUUGCUCCUCUGCCCUUCUCUGCAUUUUGCUAAUAGUGACAGAGUCAUAAGCAAGCUCAGGCAACACAGAACGUUAUGAUCAGUUGCACAUCGUAUCCUCGGAUAUCAGUCGGACUGUAGGCAAAAGAUGGCGUGAAAGCAGUUUUGUGUUGCUGAGUCCAGCACUUUCGCCGCUUGACCUCAUGGCAGAGUUGAUACUGAGUACGCUGAGAUUAAGGUAUGUGUAAGAUUUGUGCAUGGGAUAUGGAAGCAGUUUUACAGAGAGGUGAUUUUAUUUAUGGUUGUACAGUUGCAAUGGCGGAAGGUCAGCCGUAAGAUGCAGGCCAUCCUCUCUCUCUUGUGAAUUCUUUUGCAAUGGGAGUGACAGCGGGCAUUCACUUAACAUAAAUUUUGAACCAGUGGGCAGCAACGACCAGAGAAAACGUAUAGAAAUCAAAGCGGUUGAUGCUGUGCCCUGGUCAUAACCCAUUAAGAAGCAAACUUGAGUGUAAACAGGGGCAUUUUACAUGAACACGCACACGUCGACAAGAAAAACACAAGGGCACGAAGCCAUGGGAAGUUUUCUAUCUCACUUCUGGCUCAUGUGCACAUACUGGGAGCGUUCUAGCAAUGCACAUGGCUCUUCAAGAUGUGUAAAUGCUCUAAAAUUCAAGUGUGCAAUCCUCACAUAUGAUGAGUACUUGUGGGUUUUUUACUACAUUUGUUGGGUCAAAUGUCAUAUGGGAAGAGACCCAGAAAAGCUAACCAAUCAAGGAAAAUAAAUGAAUAAAAUGGUUCUGUGUGCACAUGAAGGUCCUUACUUUUUAAAGAAACCUUUGCACUUUUCCUGCCCGCUGCUAUAUUAUUUUGUCACUUUCCUGCUGACAUAGGUGAUAGGUUGUAUCCAGUGCUGUCAGUCCACCAGAGGAAUGGAAACUGCUGGCAGAACAAAUUCCUUCCCUCCCACUGUGGCUGCCUCUGCCCCCCCCCCCCCCCCCGGCGUGCCUCCAGAUCUACUCUGGAGGGUUGGGAGACCCUCCGGAGCAGGUUUGGAGAUUGUGCAUUGGGAGGAGAGCAAGCAGAAAUCCUGAUUCACAUGUGGCUGGCCCACUUAUGUGCCACUGGGUGGGGUCCUAUGAAGUGAGAUUGUACUGAUAAGCCAAAUGGAACGUGCCAGCUUGCUUUGACCAAGAACUGUCUUAUUUUGCCUAAAAUAUAAGACUUUGCAUGUGUUACUUAUGAAACCCGAAGAUAACAUUUACAGCGCAACCCUAAGCAUGUUUUACUCAGAAGUAACUCCCAUAGAGUUCAGCAGAACCUACUUCCACAUACAUUUGCAUAGGAUCACAGCUGUAAUGUUUUAAGAAGCCCUUCAUAGCGCAAACAAACCAAGGUUAUUUAAGUUUUGCUCCUAGGAAUAUUUUAAUUUGUGUUAUGGCAUGAAUUAACCAAUCAUUUUUUUUAAUAUAACUUUUUCCAGUUUCUAAAGCUGGAACACAUUCAGAUUGCAUUACGGUAACGAGUGCUUUUAUCCAAGUAGCUGAGGCUUCCAAGCAGCAGGCUUAGACUACAACCCCAUACACAUUUACCUGGAAGUAGCGCUGUUGAAUUCAAUGGGGCUUACUUUUGAGUAGGCAUGAAUAGGAUUGCACUGACAGUUUCUCAACUAAACAGAUGAAGGUAUGGUGCAUAUUGUAGCGAGAGCUUUUCUCUUUUAGAGUACUCAAGCAGCGCAGGUGUGAAGCCCACUCUCUGACUUCCUAUAGCCACAGAAUGAGGUUAGGGGUGAGGGAUUUCGUGAGUACCCACAGAUGGUUUUUCAAAGAUGGCACUCCAGUGUUUGUAUAAACACUUAGUGUUACUCAAAUGUAACAGUGAUCUGAGAACUGCUUUAAUUUUUUAUUUAAAUAUGAUAUAUCCUGGCUUUAAAUAUGUAAUCAUGAUGCUUUAUUGACUUCUCUCCACUUCCUAAUGCUAUUGAUACUGUUGUCAGAGAAAUGCAGGUUACCUAGGGUGACCAUGUGAAAAGGAGGGCAGGGCUCC